CCGUCAGCCAAGGAAAGCUGAAGCCGGGCUCCGCCCCGACAACAUCGUCAUCGCCCCGAACGGGCAUCAGGCGCAACCUUCGAAAACGGUACCCUACAACUCUCCACACACGACAGCCCUAUCCCGACAACCUUCCUAAUAUACCCCCACCACGCGACCCGACGGCCACCCAGCCAACCGAACCGCAUUAUCUUGCCUUCAUAAGCGCGGAAUUACGGCGGGAAGAGAUGAGUUUGCGGGGUUUCCAGAAGGGGUUGGCCCGCGCGCCCCAACAAAUUAAAGUCAAACUCAACAUUGGCGAGCACACCAAGGACCCAGUCUACAUCGAUGCCGAGCGCCGGUUCCAGGAUCUCGAGACCGAGACGAAGCGGCUGCACGACGAGAGCCGCAAGUACUUCGAAGCCAUCAACGGCAUGCUCGCGCACCAGAUCGAGUUCUCCAAGGCCAUGACGGAGAUAUACAAGCCGAUCAGCGGCCGCAUGUCGGACCCGGACUCGCUCGUGGUGCACGGGAACCCGGAGGGCAUCCGGGCCUGCGAGGAGUACGAGGCCGUGGUCAAGGACCUGCAGGAGACGCUGGCGCCGGAGCUCGAGAUGAUCGAGAGCCGGGUGAUCCAGCCGGCCAACGAGCUGCUCGACGUGGUCAAGGUGAUCCGCAAGACGGUGACCAAGCGCGAGCACAAGAAGCUCGACUACGACCGCCACCGCGCCACGCUCAAGAAGCUGCAGGAGAAGAAGGACAAGACGGCCAAGGACGAGAAGGCGAUAUGGAAGGUCGAGAACGAGCUGGAGCAGUCGACCCAGGACUUCAACUACUACAACGACCUGCUCAAGGAGGAGCUGCCGAGGCUGUUCGCGCUCGAGCGCGAAUUCAUCCAGCCCCUCUUCCAGUCCUUCUACUACAUGCAGCUCAACAUCUUCUACACCCUCCACGAGCGCAUGCAGCGGAUGGACAUUGGCUACUUCGACCUGACCCUCGACGUCGAGGACGCCUUCCACAAGAAGCGCGGCGACGUCCAGGAGCGCGCCGAGGCCCUGACCAUCGUCCGCUUCAGGACGACGGGCCAGAAGCGCCCGCCCAAGUACGCCAAGCCGCCGCGCCCGGGCGCCCUCGAGGGCCCCAAGACGGCCGGCCUGCUCACGGCGGGGGGGUCGCCUUCGGCCUCGCCGUCCACGCCCGAGCUCGAGCCGGCCACCACCACCACGGCCUCCCCGGCCCCGACCGCCUCGUACCGCCGCCCGUCCUGGCAGGCGGCUGUCGCCGCCUCCUACUCCUCCCCGGACAGCAACCCGCCCCCGCCCUACUCCCCGGGGCCGGGGCUCGCCGCCGCCGCCGCCGCCGCGGCCAAGUCCAAGCCCCCGCCGCCGCCGCCGCCCAAGCCCAGGGCCUUGUCGGCCGCGCCCAAGGUCGAGACGGUCACGGCCCUGUACGACUACGCGGCGCAGGCGGAGGGCGACCUCAGCUUCCGCGCGGGCGACGUCAUCGAGGUGGUUUCGAGGACGCGGAACGAGAACGAGUGGUGGACAGGGAGGAUCGGGGGCAAGGAGGGGCAAUUUCCCGGGAAUUACGUCCGGUUGAAUGCAUAGCCGAUAUCGAUGUGCGAGGGCUCGGCAGAGGUGGGUUGUCCGACUUGGGGCAUUGGCAAGGAAGUGUGGGCAGGCUGCGCCAGCUCCUAAAGCGGGGUCGUUGUUGUUGUUGUC